AUGGCUAUGUAUGUAGAUCAUCGAACUGAAGCGCCUAGUUCCCGUGGGCCCCCUUCGCAUAUAUCCUGGCAUGAUCUGCAUCCAUUUUUGGCUGUGGCAUCCAUCAGUUCUAACUCUGGUGGCAGUGUGGACAUUUUUCAAGAACAGGGGGAGCACCUGCCCGAUGUGUGCACAGAGAGGAAUUUCCGGGCCACGUGUCUCAGCUGGCAUCCAUCCAAGCUGAUCCUGGCCAUGGGCUGGGAGCUGGGGGAAGUGGUGGUAUUCAACAAGCAAGACAAGGAGCACCACCCAGUCCCCUCCUACCACCGUGGCGAAAUCACAGUCCUGUGCUGGAGCACCAAUGGCACCCGCCUCAUUUCUGGGGACAGGCUUGGUGGCCUUGUUUUGUGGAGGAUGGAUCAGCGGGGUCGAGUGCAGGGCCCUCCCCUGCUUCAGCACGAGUAUGGGGGUCAUCUCAAUUCCUGCAUCUUUCGGCCACCCCCUCCCGGCGAGGAUCUGGUACAGCUGGCAAAAGCAGCAGUGAGUGGUGACGAGAAAGCCUUGGACAUGUUUAACUGGAGAAAAUCUGGAGUGGGGAUGCCUCUGAAAAUGGGACCCCAGGAAGGGUUGUCUUUCUUCAUUGGUGUGGCAGAUGGCACCGUGCAUUAUGUGAACGACAGAGGGAAAACAAGCCAUAUGCUGACUGCUGAGAGUUCAGUCCAAAAGCUGCUGUUCAUGGAAAAAAAGGAUGUGUUGGUAGUAAUAACAGAUGCCCUCCUCUUAUCUCUUCACAAAAUUUGUCCUGAGGGACAAGCUGAGGAACUCAUGAAGGUGAAACUGACUGGGAAGAUAGGCCACCCGGCGGAUAUAAUUUUGAUUGACCGAAGCCUCCUUAUCACAGCCACUGGUGAACCAGUUCUUAGGUUGUGGGACCUGGAGCUCGGUGAGAACUAUGUGCUGCCUUUAGACGUGCAGCUUGGAUUUGAAACAGGAGAGUAUAUCAGCUGUGUGUCCUAUUGCAGUGCUAAAGGUCUUCUGUCGGCUGGCACCAACAAAGGGAAAGUAGCGAUGUGGAGGAGGGUCCCUGUCUCCAGCCAAAGUUCAUGGUCAUCAGAAGGCAAGGAGAGAUGGAAACUUCAAGCCCCUACAGAGCUUGAGGGGAAUAUCACUCAAAUCAAGUGGGGUUCCAAGAAGAACUUGCUGGCUGUCAACACCACCAGCUGUGUGAUGGUACUCAGUGAGCAGGCCAUGUCUUCCCAUUUCCAUCAGCAAGUGGCGGUCGUGCAGGUGUCACCCAACCUGUUCAAUGUCACCUGUUUCAGCACGGCCACCACCCACAACCUCCGCAUUGACUUGCAUGUGAAUGGAGCUUUUGCCACAAAGGAUGCAGUGACAUUCUGGAAUGGAAAGCAAGUUACCAUCUUUGAAAUCUCAGGUACCGCUCUGCGAAAUUCAGGUUCUUUUUCCUGUGACUCCCCUGUGCUGGCUAUGCACGAAGAAAACCUUUAUACUGUUGAGCCGAAUCGUGUCCAAGUCCGUACAUGGCAGGGCACGGUUAAGCAGCUGCUGGUGUUCUCUGAAUCGGAAGGGAACCCAUGCCUGCUGGACAUCUGUGGGAACUUCAUGACUGUUGGAACGGACUUGGCUCACUUUAAGAUUUUUGAUCUUUCUCGCAGAGAAGCAAAAGUGCACUGCAGCAGCAAAGCCCUGGCUGAUCUGGUUCCAGGCGCUGGCGGCAUCACCUCAGUGAAGUGUAACGCCAAUGGCAAUAAAGUCAGCAUCCUCCUCAGCAAGGCUGAUCAGAGCCUCGAUUCCAGGGUCUGUUUCUAUGACAUUGAAAUGGACACAGUCACUCUCUUUGAUUUCCACUCUGGCCAACAGAAGGAUGCUAAGGAGAUGCUGUAUUCCGCCGGACAGGAGGCUGACAGCAAAGAUGGCUCUGAACAUCCCAAUCUUUGUGGCCGCAUCCCUGUCGCUCAUUUUUGGGACCAAAGUGAACCGAGGCUUUUUGUAUGCGAAGCUGUUCUUGACCCAAGCCAGCAGCCAUCGGAUAAGAAGCAGCAGGUUACAGAAAACAUGACGGAUGGUUUGAUUAUAUCCUUCUUCAGUACCGAGGAACAUGGUCUCUUGGUACAGGAAAGCUUUCCUUUGCCAUCAGCCUACCAGUCACUUCUGGGCAUGGAGGUGCCGCAUUAUUACUUUGCCAAAAAGCCUGAAGCCGAUAGAGAAGGUGAGGGGGAGACUGGAUUGGUGCAGCUCCAUCAGAUGGUAGCCCGGAGACCAAUGCGAGACUUCAUCGGGUUGGAAGAGUGCGACAAGACCACACGGGAUGCCAUGCUUAACUUCAGCUUCUAUCUUACUAUUGGGGACAUGGAUGAGGCCUUCAAGUCAAUCAAGCUCAUCAAAAGUGAAGCCGUUUGGGAGAACAUGGCCUGCAUGUGUGUGAAGACGCAAAGGCUGGAUGUUGCCAAGGUGUGCCUGGGGAACAUGGGACAUGCUCGAGGAGCCAAGGCUGUACGGGAGGCAGAGCGAGAGCCGGAGAAGGAAGCUCAAGUGGCCAUGUUGGCAAUCCAGCUGGGCAUGCUGGAAGAAGCAGAGCAACUGUACAAGCAGUGCAAGCGCUAUGACCUCCUGAACAAGUUCUACCAGGCCUCAGACCAGUGGCAGAAAGCCAUAGAAGCGGCUGAAGUGCAUGACCGAGUCCACCUGCGCACCACCUACUACAAUUACGCUAAGCACUUGGAGGCCACAGGCAAGCACACUCUGGCACUCAACUACUACGAGAAGUCAGAUACACACAGGUUUGAGGUACCCCGGAUGCUUUCGGAAGAUCUCCAUGCCUUGGAGUGUUACGUCAACAAGAUGAAGGAUAAGACCUUGUGGAAGUGGUGGGCCCAGUACCUGGAGAGCCAGGCAGAUAUGGAAGCCGCUUUAAAAUACUAUGAACUGGCUCAGGAUUACUUUUCCCUGGUCCGGGUUUACUGUUUCCAGGGUAACAUUCAGAAGGCAGCAGAAAUAGCCAAUGAGACAGGGAACUGGGCAGCAUCGUAUCACCUUGCCCGUCAGUAUGAGAGCCAGGAUGAUAUCAAGCAGGCUGUGCACUUUUACACCCGGGCCCAAGCAUUUAACAACGCCAUUCGCUUGUGCAAGGACAACAACUUGGAUGACCAGUUGAUGAACCUGGCCCUUCUCAGCUCACCAGAGGACAUGGUUGAAGCAGCGCGUUAUUAUGAAAACCAUGUGGAACAGAUGGACAGGGCAGUGAUGCUCUACCACAAGGCAGGACACUUGUCCAAGGCCCUGGAGUUGGCCUUUGCCACCGAGCAGUUUGCCGCCUUGCAGCUCAUCGCUGAGGAUCUGGAUGAGAAGUCAGACCCUGCCCUGCUGGCUCGUUGCUCUGACUUCUUCAUUGAGCAUGCCCAGUACGAGAAGGCCGUCGAGCUGUUGCUUGCCGCCAAAAAGUACUGGGACGCCCUGCAGCUUUGCUUGACUCAGAAUUUGACCAUCACUGAGGAGAUGGCUGAGAAAAUGACAAUCUCAAAGGACUCCACCGAGCUUUCGGAGGAGUCCCGGCGGGAGCUCCUGGAGCAGAUAGCUGAUUGCUGCAUGCGGCAGGGCAAUUACCACAUGGCCACCAAGAAGUACACGCAAGCAGGAAACAAGCUGAAGGCAAUGAGAGCACUUCUGAAAUCAGGAGACACAGAGAAGAUUGUGUUCUUUGCCGGAGUUUCCAGGCAGAGAGAAAUAUACAUCAUGGCUGCCAACUAUCUCCAGUCCCUAGACUGGCGCAAGGACCCUGAGAUUAUGAAGAACAUCAUCAGCUUCUAUACCAAAGGACGGGCUCUUGACCUCUUGGCUGGUUUUUACGACGCCUGUGCUCAGGUGGAAGUGGACGAGUACCAAAAUUAUGAGAAGGCGCUGGGGGCCCUGACUGAAGCCUAUAAGUGCCUGUCAAAAGCCAAGACGCGGAGCCCUGUAGAGCAAGAGAACAAACUGACCCUUUUACAGAGCAAGAUGGCACUGGUGAAGAGAUUCAUUCAAGCACGGAGGCUUUACUCAGAAGAUGCCAAGGAGGCAGCCAGGCAGUGUGAGCUGCUCUUGAGCGAGCCAGACCUGGAUGGAGCUGUCCGCUCCGGGGAUGUCCUGGCCUUCCUCGUGGAGCAUCACCUGCAGGCCCAGGAAUUCCAGAUGGCCUACCGUUACCUCGAAGAGAUGCGGGGGAAAAUUCCCUGCGUGAAUCUGAAUUACUACGUGAGCCAACAGACCGUCGAGGCAGUUCACAGAGGACUGGGCAUCCCCCUGAGCCGGAACCAUGCCCCCGAGAGGAUUCGCCACAACAGCAUGGAGGACAAGGGCGCGGAAGACGAAGUGACGGAUGAAGCGGAUUUUUCCUAAGGAGCAGGAUGUAGCUU